UUUUGGUUUCCUCCAUAUAUGAGGAUUCCUGUUUAGCAGAAUUUAGUCGUUAAAUUGGGUUCGCUGGAGUUUUGAUGCUGACGAAGUGAAAAUGUCAAAAAGACUUGAAAAAUAGUCCUAAUCCAAAAAAAGGGAGGGUCGGGGGGAGGUGGGGGGUGAGGGGCAGGGCUGCGGAAAAGUUUGGGAAACCCUGCACGCGCGUGUGUAUGUGUGUGUUUGUUUGUUUGUUUGUGUGUAUGAGGUGUUUACGCCACUGUUCAUCUCGUCGUCAUGAAUGAACAGAUCCAGUGGAUUCAUGAUCUGAGCCGCAGCAGGUGAACAACUCACUGACGGUGAACGGCUGUUCGAUCCCAACCCUGUGGACACGAUCCCGGUCAUGUGGUCUCUGCUCCCCCGGUCAGCAGUACGUGUCCAGCGCAGCUCAGCAGAGGGGAGGCAUUAAGGCGGAGGGGAGGAGAGGGGAGGAGAGGGGAGGAGAGGGGACGUGAGCUGCUGAAAUCUCAGCCACUCCACUCCGUGUUUUGGCCUGACCGUGACUGCUGCUCUCCGCUCCCGCUGACGGGCUGCUGACUUCUCUCUGUCACACUGAUGCUGCCGCCUGUUCCGGAGAAGUUGCUGUCGCAGCCGCAGCCGCAGCCGCAGGUAGCAGCUCCGGUCUACUCCGUCACGGGGGCUCCUUCAGUCUGAGGACCCCGAGACUCCGCUGGACUGUUCGGUCGCUGUUGUCCGCGGGGCUGGAGCUGGAGCUGGAGCUGGGGCUGGAGCUGCAGCUGGAGCUGGAGGAUGGACAGUGAGGAGAGCUCCUCCGGCUGCUGCCCUCUGUGAACGUCCGUCAUCUCAGAGACUCCGUCCAUUCAGGCUCCAGGAUUAAUUCUCAUUUAUUUCCGACGGAUUUCACUCUCCCGCCCCCGACUUUGACAACUGGGUUCACAGAUGUAUGCGAUGUGGAAACUGCAGCUGGCCUCAUGUUCCUCACUGUGGAUGCUGAUGCUGAUGCUGAUGCUGUCAUCUGCCGCUGCCGACAGCAAAGCGCGGAGCUGCAGCGAGGUCAGACAGGCGUACAACCUGAAGGGCUUCAGCCGGGUCAGUGUUCCCCACCAGGAGAUAUCAGGUGAACACCUGCGCAUCUGUCCUCGGGGACACACCUGCUGCACCUCAGAGAUGGAGGACAGGCUGCACCAGCAGAGCAAGGUGGAGUUCGAGACCCUGGUGGAGCAGAGCAGCCAGAGCAUGAGGACCACCUUCGUCUCCCGGCACAAAAAGUUUGACGAGUUUUUCCUGGAGCUGCUGGACAACUCGGAAAAGUCUCUCAACAGGAUGUUCACGCAGACGUACGGGAAGCUGUACAUGCAGAACUCGGAGGUGUUCCAGGACCUGUUCACGGAGCUCAAACGCUACUACACAGGAGGCAACGUCAACCUAGAGGAGAUGCUGAAUGACUUCUGGUCUCGGCUGCUGGAGAGAAUGUUCCAGUUACUCAACUCCCAGUACCACUUUACGGACGAGUACCUGGAGUGUGUCAGUAAAUACGCAGAUCAGCUCAAGCCAUUUGGAGAUGUGCCCAGAAAACUGAAGGCCCAGGUCACCAGGGCCUUCAUCGCUGCACGGACAUUUGUCCAGGGCCUCAUGGUGGGUCGGGAAGUGGCCAGCAGAGUUGCCAAGGUGAACGUAGCUCCAGCGUGUGUCAAAGCCUUGACCAAGAUGCUGUACUGUCCAUACUGCCGCAACAUGCCUGGCCUGAAACCCUGUCACAACUACUGUCACAACGUAAUGAGGGGCUGUCUGGCCAACCAGGCGGAUCUGGAUCCUGAGUGGAACUUCUUCAUUGAUGCUAUGCUGUUGGUGGCGGACAGACUGGAAGGACCAUUCAACAUUGAGGCAGUUAUCGAGCCCAUUGACAUCAAGAUCUCUGACGCUAUCAUGACCAUGCAGGACAACAGCAUGCAGGUGUCAGCCAGGGUCUUUCAAGGUUGUGGACAACCCAAGCCGGCAGGAAUGGGUAGAUCUGCACGUGGCAUCUCAGAUGUCUUUAACACUCGCUUCAGACCGUACACCCCAGAGGAGAGGCCGACCACAGCAGCUGGGACCAGCCUGGAGAGACUAAGGGUUGUCUGGAGGACAAUGCAACACAAUGUUAGUGACAUCAAAGUGAAGCUGAAACAGUCCAAGAGGUUCUGGUCCAAUCUACCAGAUGAAAUCUGCAGCACGGGCAAGCUCACAGAACCUGAUGAUGAGCAGUGCUGGAACAGCCACACGAAGGGCAGAUAUUUUCCAGAGGUGGUGAAGGAGGGCCUAACAAACCAAAUCAACAACCCAGAGGUAGAUGUGGACAUCACAAGGCCUGACACCUUGAUACGUCAACAGAUCAUGGCUCUACGUGUCAUGACCAACAAGUUAAAGAAUGCGUACAAUGGAAAUGACAUCUACUUUCAGGACUCCAGUGAUGAGGGCAGCAGUUCUGGCAGUGGCAGCGGCUGCUCUGAUGGCUGCACGACAGAGAUUGUUUUUAUUGGAACUGAAGCGCCAGUAAUCGCAGCUGACAGGAGCAAUGAACGAGCAGCAGCAGCAGCAGCGGGCAAGCCACUGUCCUGCGGACCUUCCCUGCUACUGGUGGUACUUUCCCUCACACUCCCACUAGCGGUAAUGCAGACUCAAUGGAGAUAAUACAGUACACACAUGUGGCCUGAUCACUGACUUUUUUGUAUACUGUGACAAACAGUAUGUCAAACAGCAAGUUCUAGUGCUGUUCCCUCACUGGGCUUGUAGAACAUUCUGGAAACAUGAUAAAAACAGCUUACUGUGUGG